AUGGUCUAUAUCAGAUAUCGCAAUCUUGCAAAGCUGAAGGAGUACAAAUAUUCCGGGGUUGACAAGUCAUUGGUCUCAAAGUAUAUUUUGAAGCCCUUCUACACACAUGUCGUGAUCAAAUGCUUUCCCAUGUCGAUGGCCCCGAAUCUCAUCACUCUCACCGGGUUUGGGUUCGUCAUCAUCAACAUAUUGACCAUGUUGUGGUACAAUCCUACCCUCGACACAGAUUGCCCUCCUUGGGUCUACCUUUCCUGGGCCGUUGGCCUAUUUCUCUAUCAGACCUUCGAUGCCGUGGACGGCAGUCAGGCGCGCAGAACUCAUCAAAGCGGCCCCCUAGGUGAAUUAUUCGACCACGGUGUUGAUGCAUGCAACACAAGCCUCGAAGUUCUGCUGUUUGCAGCAGCCAUGAAUCUUGGCCAAUCAUGGAACACCAUUCUGACGCUUUUCGGGUCAAUCUUCACCUUUUACAUCCAGACCUGGGACGAAUAUCACACCCAUACAUUAACCCUUGGCAUUGUUUCCGGCCCAGUCGAAGGCGUUUUGACCCUGCAGAUCGUCUACUUCAUUACCUACUUGAAAGGAGGUGGUAGUUAUUGGCAACAGCCUAUGCUCCCGACUCUUGGUGUCCCUAAGUUUGAUCUAAUUCCGGUCUCACUAUAUCAGAAAGCUUGGAAUGAGUGGCUGAUGCUGUAUGGUGGCCUGGUGCUGGUAUACAACGUCAUCUCCAGUGCACGCACGGUAAUUCGAGCUCGAGAAGAACGAGGCCAGAGCCCCUACAAACCACUGUUGGGAUUGCUGCCCAUCAUUAUCACUUGGACUCUGAUCCCUGCAUACCUUGCGUUGAAUCCGGUCAUUUUACACCACCACAUUAUCCCGUUCGUCUUGUUUGCCGGCCUCGUCAAUGCUUACUCAGUUGGCCAAAUGAUUGUGGCUCAUCUAGUCAAGGACAGAUUUCCUUAUCAGAACGUCUUGAUCUUACCACUAGCUUGGGCAGUUGUCGACAGCCUCGGACCCAGGCUUGGAUUGUGGCCAAGCGCACUCGGCCAUGAUGUUUAUCAAGUUGCAUUCGUCUUCUUGUGCCUGGGGUUCGCCCUGGGAGUCUAUGGCAGUUUUGUGCAUGAUGUGAUCACCACGAUUUGCGACUACAUGGAUAUUUGGUGUCUCACAAUCAAACACCCCUACGUUGAGGACAAGUCAGACGGAGUGGUAAAGAAGUCCAAUUGA